CCCCUCGUUAAAAAGCCCCAACACCCAACUCCCUCACAAACCCUAUCUCUCUGAAAACCCUAAAGUCCCACCCAACUCCCUCUCAUUGCACGCCAUGAACCGCAGGCUCAGAGCCUCUACCAACUCCUUCUCCUCCUCUCCCAACCGGAACGAGCCGUUCCACCGGUACCUUAAGCCCGGAGCUCUCGCCCAAAUCCGUGACUCGCGAAUCAGCGCCCGGACUCACCGUGUCAACUCUUUCCACUCGCUCUACGCAUCGUUUCAGAUCUCUCUCCACCGCGCGACCCCGCCGUCAUCUCCAUCGUCGAACGCCGGCGGUCAACAGCAGCCUCCGGUCAACGCGAUCGACGGCGUGCCCUGCUUUGCGGGGAGGAUCUACGGGCCGCGAUGCCCGCAGAGGAAGAGGCUCGCGGCGGCCAAGUCCGUGCUGUUCCUGAGCCCGAGCCCGGUCCCGGACUCGCCCGAUCCGGUGGUGGACGCGUUCAGUAAUGACAUUCUUGUAGCGCAUUGAAAUGGAAUAGGUCGAUUUUUAGUUCUCCAAUCUGUGGAAAUUGCUGAGGAGUUUUCAUGUUGUAGAGCGGUUUCUAUUUGUAGUUCGUGGCACUUUUAUGAACAAUGUGCACAAAAAAUUGCUUAGAUAGAACUGAAAUUAAUAAUAAAUUCAUAAAAAAAUUUCCAA